AUGGCUGAGCAAAUGCAAUUGAAAGGUACCCUUAAAGGGCACAGUGGAUGGGUUACGCAAAUUGCAACCAAUGCUAAACAUCCGAACAUGAUCAUUUCAUCAUCAAGAGAUAAGUCUAUAAUUGUGUGGAGAUUGGACGGUGAUGAUAUGACAUCAAUGACACAGUUGGGUGGUAAGGCGGAACGUGCACUGACAGGACACGGGCAUUUUGUAUCCGACGUUGUGAUGUCCUCGGAUGGACAGUUCGCCUUAUCCGGCUCAUGGGACAAGACUCUCCGACUUUGGGACUUGACCACUGGUCAAACAUCACGACAAUUCGUCUCGCACACCAAAGACGUGCUCUCAGUGGCAUUUUCGGCUGACAAUCGACAGAUCGUUUCGGGAUCGAGAGAUAAGACGAUCAAGUUGUGGAAUACACUCGCCCAAUGCAAAUAUACCAUCGGAGAAGACUGCCAUACUGACUGGGUAUCGACCGUACGAUUCUCGCCAUCCAGCUCGAACCCUGUGAUUGUGUCGGCCGGUUGGGAUAAGAUCGUUAAAGUGUGGAAUUUGGCAAAUUGCAAACUGAAGACGAAUCAUAUCGGACACAGCGGAUAUAUCAACACCGUCACUGUAUCACCAGACGGCUCGUUGUGCGCUUCUGGUGGAAAAGAUGGAAAUGCGAUGUUGUGGGAUUUGAAUGAAGGCAAACAUUUGUACACUCUCGGUGGAAACGAUGUUAUCAAUGCGUUGGCGUUCUCACCAAAUCGUUACUGGUUGUGUGCUGCGGUUGGACCGGUUGUGAAGAUUUGGGAUUUGGAGGAUAAGAAGGCGGUGGAUGAGCUGAAGUUAGAUGUGAUGAGCGGAUCGAAGUGUGUGCCACAGUGUAUAUCGUUAGCGUGGUCUGCUGAUGGCCAGACCUUAUACGCUGGUUACACUGAUAACGUGAUUCGUGUAUGGCAAGUUUCGGUAGCACAGAUUCGCACCUAA